AUGGCCGCCUACACACCGCUGCUCACUUUGCCGGCCUCAGUAAAUUCUCAAAACUCCAACAUUCUCGAAAAAUCCAAAUUAAAUUGUAAGAUUGGCAAUCACACUCCAUUGGAAUCUUCCUCCUUAUCUCCUGCAAACCAACCAAGUCUUCUCCCAGUUCACCCAAAUUCUUCCAACUAUGCCAUCGCCAUCGACUGCUGCUGCCGCCUUACAUUUGGCCGCCAAAUCCAUGCACAAACCCUCAAGAGAGAUUUUUUCAAUAGCCGCGAAUUCUUCGAAACAAGGCUGCUGUACAUGUAUGGCAGAUGCGGCAGCUUCUUGGAUGCCUGCCAGCUGUUCGAUGAAAUGCCUCAGAGAGGUAUAUACUCGUGGGUUGGCAUUCUCAAUGCUUGCGUCGAGCAUGGGUUUAAUGAGAAAGCUCUUCUCCUAUUUCACGAACUUUUUGUUGCUGAAUUUGUUCUGGAGUUACAGUUUUUCCUCUUUCCAGUGGUCCUCAAGGCUUGUGGAGGUAUUGGUUUUAUUGAGCCAGGGAGAGAGCUUCACGGUUUCUUGCUCAAGAGAAAACUUCUCUCAAAUAUAUACGUGAGUAAUGCCCUAAUUGACAUGUAUGGAAAGUGCGGGGCCUUGGAUGAGGCAUUGAAGGUUUUUAAUGGGAUGGAAGAAAGGGAUUGUGUGUCAUGGAAUUGUAUGAUCACUAGCUUUGCUUCCAGUGGGAUGGCUUUCGAAUCCCUGAAAUUUCUAGAGAGAAUGCAGUCAUGUGGUGAUGCCAAGCCCAAUCUUGUUUCAUGGAGUGCUGCUAUUGCAAGCUUUGCUCAGAAUGGCUAUGAUGAAGAAGCUGUAGGGCUACUAAGUCAAAUGCUCGAUAAUGGUUUUAAACCGAAUGCUCAGACUUUGGCUAGUGUCUUGCCCUGCUGCGGCAGAUUGGAGGCUCUUCAGGUUGGUAAAGAGAUCCAUGGCUAUGUAAUCAGGCAUGAUCUCAAAUUAAAUCCUUUCAUUCUCAAUGGACUGAUUGAUGUUUACAGUAAAUGCGGAGAUUUGGGCAGCGCCUUUGAGAUCUUUCUGAAAUCUUCAGUCAGGAACCUGGUUUCAUAUAAUGCUAUAAUUGAUGGGUAUUGUAAGAAUGGCAACUUGAUCAAGGCCAAGGAAUUAUUUUAUCAAAUGGAACUUGAUGGGGUAACGGCUGAUACCAUCUCCUGGAACUUGAUAAUUUCCGGGUACUGUGAUGAUGGAAACUUUGAAGAAACCUUGAAAGUUUUUAGAGAAAUGCAGGAGGAAGGCAUUGAAGCUGACUCCUUUACUUUGGGCAGUGUUCUCACAGCUUGCGCUGCAUGGGCUGAAGGAAAGGAGAUACAUUCAUAUGCAAUAUCAAGGGGACUGAAUUCAAAUCCUUUUAUGUGCAAUAAGUUGAUUGAAAUGUACUGCAGAUACUUUGAUUUUGAGUCAGCAGAGCUGAUUUUCCAUAACAUGGCUGAAAGAGAUUUGGUGACAUGGAAUUUAUUGAUGUCUGGUUAUGCUCGGGCGAAUCGACGAAACCGCUCCCAGGAGUUGCUUUACGUAAUGAGGAACGAUGGAUUUGAGCCCAACAUCUUUACUUGGAAUGGAUUAAUCGCCGGUUGCAUGGAGAAUGGGCACAAUGAAUUUGUUCUAGAAAUGUUAUCUGAACUCCAAACUACUGGUUUAAAGCCGGAUAUAUAUACUAUAGGGAUGAUCAUUCCUAUUUGUUCCAGAUUGGUAUCUUUGGAACAAGGAAAACAAGCUCAUUCUUAUGCAAUUCGUUGCGGUUAUGACACUGAUGUUCAUAUUGGGGCAGCACUCAUUGACAUGUAUGCUAAAUGUGGAAUCAUAGAACGCUCAGCCCUUUCCUUUCAAAGGAUUUCAUCACACAAUUUGGUAUCAUUCAAUACUUUACUUGCAGGAUAUGCGUUGCAUGGGCUCAGAAGAGAAGGUCUUGCCCUCUUUCAAGAAAUGCUGGAAGAUGGAAUCAUACCUGAUGAAAUCAGCUUCUUAUCAGUUCUGUCUUUGUGUGUUCAUGUAGGUUCAGUUGAAGAAGGCCUUCACUACUUCAACGUAAUGGAAACUUAUCAUAUAAGACCAAACCUAAAGCACUAUUCAUGUAUGGUAGAUCUUCAUAGUAGAGCUGGAAAACUUAUUGAAGCAUUCUCGUUUAUUAAGAGUAUGCCAAUGGAACCUGAUGCCAUUAUUUGGGGUGCAUUGCUUGGUGGCUGUGUUGUUUAUCAUGAUUUUCAGUUGGGUGAAAUUGCAGCAAAUAAGCUCAUUGAGCUAGAGGGAGAUAAUGUUAGUAACUAUGUUCUGAUGGCAAAUCUGUAUGCUACUGCUAAACGAAUGGAAGAUUUAGCGAGAAUACGGUCAGUUAUUAGGAAUAUGGGAAAGCAUAAGAGCCCAGGAUGGAGUUGGAUUGAGGAAAAGGGUCAAACUCAUUUGUUUCUUGCCAAUGAUAGUUCUCACACUCGAGCUCGUGAAAUUUAUGCUGCGGUGGAGAAUCUGUCUUUGCACAUAAGAACGCAAGAUGAGAUGAUUGAUACAGUUUAG